CGAUUAGCCUAUGAAAGUGCUCAUUUCCCGUUCAUGGAGUUUGGCAGGGAUUAAGAAAGCACGCCAAGUGAAGAGCAUCUCAUAACAUCAAACCGCAAAUACAGUUUACCAGCAUCAGUGCAAAUCUUUUGGCUCAGUACAGAGGAAUUUGUAUGUUUGCUGCAACUUGCAAAACGACACCAUAGCCUGUCUGCUAGGCUAGUCACAGCACAUAUACUGUUGUAGUGAUUUAGCUUGGUAGCUAGGAAGGGAUAGCUGCUUCACUAGUCAAGUGUACCCUUGAAUGUGAGUUCUUGUGUCGAUUGUCAUGAAGAUAAUCUAUCAAGCAUAAUGACUACUUUGGACAGCCUCUCAUAGACUUCAAGGCCUGUCUAGUCAUCCUUCCUCCGUGACCCUGGGCAACGAUGGACACCACACCAGAGGAGGAGCCCAACCCAGCUGCCGUGGCAACGGCCAAAGCUUUGAGUCCGCAGAGCGAGUCAGUAACCAAUGAACUGCAAGAGCUGUCGCUUCAGCCUGCCCCCAACCUGCUGCCCAUUAAGGAGAGGAAGAAUGUUCUCCAGCUCAAGCUACAGCAGAGACGGACUCGGGAGGAGCUGGUGAGCCAGGGGAUCAUGCCACCACUGAAAAGUCCAGCUGCCUUCCACGAACAGAGACGGAGUCUAGAGCGCGCUCGGACUGAAGACUACCUGAAGAGGAAGAUUCGCAGCCGGCCAGAGAGGGCGGAGUUGGUCAGGAUGCACAUUCUGGAAGAGACAUCAGCCGAACCGUCUCUCCAGGCCAAACAGCUGCAGUUGAAGCGGGCACGUCUGGCUGACGACCUGAAUGACAAGAUCUCCCACCGGCCGGGACCCAUGGAGCUCAUCCACAAGAACAUCCUGCCUGUGCACAGCAGCCUCAAGCAGGUCCUCAUAGAGACGGAGUUCUCCAGGGUCAUAGGUGAAAGCUCCUCUUUCGAUGAAGACAGCAGUGAUGCACUUUCUCCAGACCAACCAGUCAAUCAGGACUCUCCGCUUGGCAGUGUCCCUCUGCCCUCUCCUCCAGACGUUCUGGCCAGUCACAACGUCUCCCCAACUGAGUUUCUAUUGCAGGUCCCUCCCCCUCCCCCUCCGCUCCCCAUCAUCUCUGGCCCCUCCCCUUCUCAGAAGCUGACCAAUGGGACAGCAGCUCAAAGGCCCUCUUCAGGACUUGUGAAGCCUCCUCAGGCUAAACCCACCUCGGACCGUCCCCCGCAGCGGCCCAAGAAGCCCAAGGACAGCAAGCCCAAGGUGAAGAAGCUCAAGUACCACCAGUACAUCCCGCCGGACCAGAAGGCGGAGCGCGAGCCGCCGCCCCAGCUGGACUCCACCUACGCCAAGAUCCUGCACCAGCAGCAGCUCUUCCUGCAGCUGCAGAUCAUCAGCCAGCAGCAGCAGCACUACAACUACCACACCAUCCUGCCCGCGCCGCCCAAGCCCCCAGCCGAGCAGCUGCCUUCGGCAGCCACAAUCACCACCUCCACCAACACCGGUCCCUCUCCAUCAAGAACUGUCCCUCCCACCACAUCCAACUCCUCCAAUCAGAGUGGGUCCAACCGGCAGGCCAGCCAAUCGGCAGCAGGGGCCAAACCUGGAUGCCUCCCCCCUAACCUGGAUGAGUUCAAGGUGGCCGAGCUGAAGCAGGAGCUCAAGCUGCGCGGCCUGCCCGUCUCGGGCACCAAGAACGACCUGAUCGAGCGGCUGCGUAACUACCAGGAGCAGCACGGAGGGGGCCUGGCCUCCACCGCGUCCAUCUCGGGGCCCGGCGGCCUCAAAUCCCAACUGCACUUCCAGCAGCCCGCGGUGCCACAGCAGGUCUGCGCCUCCUCGCCCGUCCUCGCCACCGCUGGCGGCGCCCACAUGCUGCACCCGUCGGGCGACGGCAGCGGCGUGGUCCUGGCCACAUUCCCGUUUGUGACGGCAGCGGUGGCCGGUACCGGGCAGGGCUCCGUGCAGCAGCAGCACCACCAGGUCAUGCACUUUGGAAGCACCAGCUCGUCCCCGCCUGUGUCCCCCCCCUCUGUGAGCUCUCCUCUCACCCAACUCACUCUGCAGCCGUCUCCGCCCCAGCACCAGGUGAAGGAGGAGGCGUCCAUGGCGGGCCCCGUGCCCUGCCGCUUCUCCCAGCAGGCCAAGCAGCGAGCGCAGCCUCAUCGCCACCCACUGCUGGACAAGGACCGCAUGCUGCUGGAGAAGGACAAGCAGAUCGAGGAGCUGACGCGCAUGCUGCUGCAGAAGCAGCGGCUGGUGGAGACCCUGCGCCUGCAGCUGGAAAUGGGCAAGCAGGCGGGCACCGCGACAGCAACGACAGCAACGACCAACGAGACCUCCCAGCUCGUGGGAGGUACCGUGCGGGUGAAGGAAGAGCCCCCCGACGUGCCCACCUACCACUGCCUCUCGCCCGUGGACGCCAUCCGCGUCACUAUCAAAGAGGAGGAGGAGGAGGACACCAUCACGGAGGAGCAGAGACGAGAGGAGAUGGACGUCAUGGCUGAGAACUGCAACAGCAACGGCGGCGGCGACUUUUUCCAGAUGUCGCCGGAGCAGCGCGAGGCGUCUGCGCAGCAGCAGCGCGAUGCCGUGCAGGCGCAGCUGGAGCUGCUGAGGCUGCAGCAGGCGCAGAAGCUGAAGCUCAAGCAGCUGCAGAUGGCCCAACAGCAGCAGACGCAGCAGCAGCAGCAGAAGAUGGUGCUGCAGCACAACCAGACCAACCUGCAGAAGAGGGCCCAGCAGAGGAAGAGGAAGCCUCAGAAGCUGCAGCAGCACACCCUCAUUCAGCAGCAGCAGCAGCAGCAGCAGCAACAACAACAACAACAACAACAACAACAACAACAACAACAACAACAACAACAACAACAACAACAUCAGCAACAACAACAAGAACAAGAACAACAGCAGCAGCAGACUCAGUUGUCCUCACAACAGAUUUCUCAGGUGUUUAUAAAUCAGCAGGCAGUCUCCACCUCCUCCUUUCCACUGGAUAUCCUCAAAAAUCAUCCCGCCCCGACCCUGGUGAAAGACAGCAACGGCAACCACUUCCUGAUAUCGUUGACCAAUCACAACAUAGAGAGCCAAGGGAACGAUUCCACUCAAGGCAAAAUAGCCAAUGAGAUCACGUUGCAGAGGUUACAAUCUAUGCCUGCCAAGCUUCCCAGCCAGUCAUCACAGGAAACAUCCCACAGUACCUCCCAAUCAAAGAAGUCUAGUCGAACAGGCCCUCAGAACCAGCCAACCAGAAAGGGACUCAAGACAGGAAUGCAGGUGUCAACCAAUCAGGCGCCAGGGGCCACAACACCCAUGUCUGCUCCACCCAAUCUGCAGCCGUUCUUCCCCAGCACUGACUCCACCCCGUCUCCAAACCCCACCCCCUCACCUCCCGUCCACAUGGAGAACGGCUCCACUCAGCAGAUGGAUGACCUGUUUGACAUCCUAAUUCAGAGUGGAGAAAUCUCUGCCAACUUUAAGCCAGACCCAGACCCCGCCCUGGCCAGACUAAAGGUCGACAGCCCCUCUCCUUCCUCCCCAGACCACACCCACAUCCAGCUGUCUCCUGCCACCCCUCAGACGCCCGACACGCCCCCUCCCAUCCACGACGCCCUCAGCUCGGACGUCCCCGUAGGCAGCCCGGAGCACGGGGGUGGUGGUGGCCGCAGCGAGUCGGCGGCGGCGGAUGGACGCCUGGAGGACUUCCUAGAGUCCAGCACAGGCACGCCGCUGCUGGGCGCCGAGCCCGGCGGUCCACUGACGCUCAUCGACGAGCUGCACAGCCAGAUGCUCAGCACGUCCAGCAUUCUGGACCACCAGCCCUCGCCCAUGGACACCUUCGAGCUGGGCUACAGUGCGCCCGCCACUGGCCUGGACUUCGCCGACGCCGCUCUGGACACCAUGGACUGGCUGGACAUCACCAUGGGCAGUAGUGGUGGCAACAGCGGGAGUGGAGGAGGGGACACUAGCCCGGCUCACGUCACGAGUCUGCCCGUGGCGCCACCCGGACCGCCCGUGCCCACCAGCAUCUUCUCGGCGGACUUCCUGGACACUUCGGACCUGCAGCUGCACUGGGACUCCUGCUUAUAGUAGACUGUGUCCCUCGAGAUGGACGGACACAGACGGACACUACGCGCUUUCACAUGCACAGCACUCGCUCUUAUGCAAACUCACACACCCCGCCCACGCACACGCUUGUACAGACGCACUUGUCUCCCUCCUCCCUCAACCUUCAAUCCGCUUCAGAUGUCAGUGUAGUUUUAGAGGCAUCUCCAACUUUGAAUGUCAGACACUUGCUGUUGUGUUACAAAAUGGCUUCUCAAACUAGUGUUCGUGGUAUCACAGUUCACAGUAAGCUGAGGGAUCACUGUCUGUAUUGAUACCUCGCAAAUGCCAAAACUCGAGCACUAAAUUCCUUUCUACGGAAUAAAAGUGUUUUUAUUUUUGCUAUAUGAAUUUAAAUGUGAAACGUUCAGCUUCAAGAACAUCCUGAGUUAUCCUAACCUGCAUCGUGUAUAAAUGAAGUGCUCAUCUUGAUAAGUGCCAUAUGCUGUAAGACAAAAAAAAACAACAUCCAUUUUAAAAUGGGUUUUAUAGCUAGCAUUAGCAUCUUUGUUAGCAUUACCUGUAGUGAAUGUGUAAAAGGCAGAGACUCAGGUGUAACAGUCCCAUGAUCACACCACAGCCUGUGCAGGAGGACUGCUGAAUGAGGUCAGGUAACUGAAGGGGGUGGUCCCCACAAUCUUUUUAUUUUUAGGAUUUAUGGAAAAUGUGUUUCUUGCUAUAUCAUGUAUAUAUGGGUAAGCGAUUACGUUUUAAUUGAGUUUGUAUUGGCUUUGUAUUGUUUCAUUGAUUUUGUUUUUUAAUUUUUAAUAUGUAGUUACACUUACAGUGAGAAGCACUUCACCUUGACUCCUAGAGAAUUAACCAUAGAAACAGAGGUUCUCUUGAGUCUUUGUUAGCCAACAGUGCUGUGCAUCACUUUGGUGAAACCUGCUGAAUGGUGUGAUUCUGGAACCUUCUCUUUGCUCAGCCUCAUUUUACUCUAAUAAGCACUGUCAACACAGGACUCCAUGUCUCCUUACUAAGACAAUAGUUGUCAUCCAUUCUCGCAUAAUACUUAUCAUCAUACUUUUUUAUGCCUUAAGAUCCUAUGACAAUAUGGCGUGUCCAACGAAGUGAGAUUCUCUGUGAGCUUGCCAAUGUCAACUCUGUGUCGAAACUUGACAGCACCUGCAGCUUCUGUCGACUCAGCAGGUGUGAAACAUCACAGAACGUGUCUGUUUGACACCUUAGCAGUCAACGACUUCGCCACACUCUUCACUUUUAAUCUUAGGUAUCAAGAAGCAUCAGAGACAUACUUGUCUUAAGAUUUGUAAAAAAAAAUAAUUCUGUAUGUACUGUAUGUAUCCGACAGCUAUAGACAAUGUAAUGUCUUUGAUAGGGACACUUCAAAGCGUUUUUUAGCAGUGUUUGUCGUUGCACGGUGUCACACAGUAAGUUCUUGCUAGGGAGAGACUGAUCGAGGCAGCUGAUUAUGGCAGCUCUGCAAACAGAGGUCAAGGUAACUGCUGGUCUCGCCAGGGUUCUGGAAGGAUCUGCGGAUGAGUGUUCUAACAGCUGUCCAACUCAGUCGGACUCCCGAGCAUCUCCUAGCGCACUUCCAGCAUGCACAGCUUCCUUUGUUCAUUAUCACACACACACACACAGACUCACACUCACACACAUGCACUCACACCCACAUACACAGACUGAACAGCACCACUUGCAUGUAUUUCAAAAUGUUUUUGAAGGGGAAAUUUGAGUGAGUUGUAUUAUUUUUGAAUGUGUGUGUGUGUGUGAGCAAGAGAGUGUAUGUGUGUGUGUUUGUGUCUUUGAAGGGGACAGGAUCAUGGUAUAAUUUUUUCUUUGACUUUGCACUUAAAAUUGGUGGCGCAGGUGCCUUUUCAAGCCCCCACCCCACCCUUCUAUUGGACUAUUAGUUUGGAAGGGUCACCAUGACACGAUAUGCUUCCUUCUCAUUGGCUGUACAGGACAUUUGUGGGUGGGGCUUAUGGCUGAGGGUGGGACUGCUGUCUGGGGGCUUCACAUGCACUGAGACAUUAGUUGAAUUGUUUUCUCUGUCGUCUGCUUUCUUUUAUUUUUUAGAAAAGACAAAAAAAGACACUUGAAAAUAAAAUGUUGAUACAA